GGGAUUUCCUGAGGAAGUCAGACCAAGGGGGCUUUCCAGUGUGUUAGCUAGACGUGAUAUCAACAGCACGGUGCCUCAGCGGCGGCUCCUCUACCUUUUCGUUUACUUUUAACGAGUCGUUUUUUGCAACAUUUAGAUCCGAAAAUGAACCGAUUUGAUCAUACGGCUGUUGUCGCCCGUUUGAGAAGCGAGGACGGAGCCGUGGCCGCGUAAAUUUGGACGUUGUUGUCUCGAUGAGUCUGUCAUAUGAGUGGCUCCAUUCGUGAAAUUCUUCAAAGAAACGGGGUUGGAUCAUCGGACGACACCGUUGAACAACUGAUUCAUGUCAUGUCCGCAGGGCGUAAUGUGGAACAGCAGAUUGCACUGCAGCAGCGUCCUCCAUCUCUCGGAAUGCCCUCCAUGGCCCCGCGGUCCAGGCCCGAGCCGGGAUUCCUGCCCAUACACGGUGGCUUCAGGGAUCGCUUUGUCACGACACCCGAGCCCAAAUACUGCUGCGAGUCCUGCAGGCUAGUGCUGUGCAACCCUCGGCAAACUGAGUGCGGACAUCGCUUCUGCGAGAGCUGCAUUGCGGAGCUGCUCAGUAAGUCUACCCCAGUGUGUCCAGCUGAUCGAGAACCACUCUUUGAAGAUAAGAUAUUCCGGGAUGUUUGCUGCAAUAGGGAAAUUAUGGCUUUAAAGGUCUACUGCCGAAGUGAGAAAAAUGGAUGUAAAGAACAGAUGAGUUUACAGCAGGUCAUGGAUCACUUGGAAGUUUGUCCUUACUUCGAGGUGCCAUGUCCCUUGGGAAAGUGCAAAGAGAAGAUGAUGAGAAAAGACAUGCCCGAGCAUCUAAGCCGUAAAUGCAAACACCGAGAGAUCACCUGUGAAUUCUGCAAUCACAAGAUGGCCCUCACAGAGUUACAGAAACACAAAGAAACCGUUUGUCCAGCUUUUCCUGUAGCAUGUCCUAAUCACUGCUCGUUUGCAUCCAUUUUGAGAAGCGAGCUAUCCAGUCACCAGAACGACUGCCCAAAGGCCCAGGUCACCUGCUCAUUCAUUCGCUAUGGAUGCUCCUACAAGGGGCUGAAUCAGGAGAUGAGGGAACACGAGUCUAAUUUUGCGUCUGAGCACCUAAGAAUGAUGGCGGUCAGGAACACCACACUGGAAGCUAAGGUAGAGGACGUUAAGAGCGAGCUGAUGGAGCGAUAUAAAGUUCUGCCCAGUCUCAGCAGUCGUCUGGCGGAGGUUGAAACACAGUACGAGGAGAUAAGAGAAAAGCUCAGACAGCUGGAGCAGAAGAUAGCCAGCAUGCAGAAAUUGAUGAGCACUCACUCGGAGAAACUGCUUGAGGUUGAGAUGGAGCUGCGAGAGCUUCGUCCACUGCGAGCUUUAAGGGAGGAGGUGGAGGCUUUGAGAGGCUCAGUGGAGAGCAUGCGUUCAAUCAUAUCUUCUUUAGACUCGGGUCGUGUUGGAUCCAGUUCUGGUCCGGCGCUGGGGUCUUUCGAGCAGCGACUGACACGCCACGACGACAUGUUGAGCGUCCAUGACAUCCGAUUGGCAGAGAUGGACCUGAAGCUCCAGGUGUUGGAGACAGCCAGUUUCAACGGUACGCUCAUCUGGAAGAUCCGCGACUACAAAAGGCGGAAACAGGAAGCGGUGGCGUCCAAAACGCUGUCGCUUUACAGCCAGCCCUUUUACACGGGAUACUUCGGGUAUAAGAUGUGCGCCCGCGUCUAUUUAAACGGGGACGGAAUGGGUAAAGGCACGCAUCUCUCCCUUUUCUUUGUGGUGAUGCGCGGGGAAUACGAUCCUUUGCUGCCGUGGCCGUUCAAACAGAAAGUGACGUUGAUGCUGAUGGACCAAGGGCCGGCGAGAAAACAUUUAAGCGAUGCCUUUAAGCCGGACCCCAACAGCAGUAGCUUUCGCCGACCCACCGGCGAAAUGAACAUCGCCUCGGGUUGCCCGCUUUUUGUGGCUCAAACCGUCCUGGAGAACGGGACGUAUAUCAAAGACGACACCAUCUACAUCAAGGUGAACGUCGACACCUCCGACCUGCCCGAUCCGUGAUUUCAACUUCACUGGGUCCGACCACAGUAAAGUCACAUGGCGCUCCCGGGCCGAGGUUGUUGGGCUUCAAAGAGCGAGGCUUAGAGAGGAGGCGGCCAGUUUGGGUUUACAACGAGCGAAAAUAACAGUCAGAGCUGUUAAGCUUGUGCUAUUGAAAUGAGAAACAACAGUGCCUUGCUGGGAUAGGUUGCUGUAGCCUUAAAAAAUAGGAGGUUUGAGUAGACAUCUCCCAAUUCCAGCCACAUCUAAGGUGCAGUUAAAAAAAUACUUAAACUCUAAUAAAGCAAGUGAAUGUCAUAGAAAAGAGAAAUCGGAGUGUUCAUUGGCUAGUCCUAAGUGAGAGGAACCCGUUUACGCCCAUCUUCACAUCUCUCGCAUAGGUUGUUAGUCUGUAAGGUAACCCUUUGUGUUUAGUAACCCUGAUCAGUUGUGUAUUUGGUUGUAUCUGGUGGUUUUUGGUGGUUUUGUACAAUAUGCAAAUAAGUACUUGAGCUAACAUCUGUUGUAAGUGUUGUGGUGGUGUUCGCGAACAGUUGACGAGGAGAUUUGUGUCUUGAAAGUCUCGUUUGUUUGGGCAAAGGUGGACGUGUUUCUGUUCGGUGUAGUAGCUGUAAAGGAUCUGACUAUGGAGCAUUCAUGAAGGACUGUAUCGGCACUAAACAGGGACCCUUGCAAGGGUUCCACUGUCAAAAAGCAAAACCUCAGUUUUUAUGCAUGUAAAACUUUUUCUUACAUGACUUAACCUUCCCUGUGUUUACCACUUUGACACAUUAUUUGAUGUAAUGUUGUAAUUAAUGGAUGCUAUGCAUCAGAAUCUAAUGUCCUUUUGUUUUGUAGUAUUUUAUUUUGUAAAACUGUUGGAAAUAAUGCCUUUAUGCCUCCAGCCAUGCUGCCAGAGACACAUACAGUAAUCCAGAUCAUAUUUCAUGGUAGGGAUGUUUUUGCACAAAUAUUGUUUGAAUGUGUAAUAUAUGUAUAAAUAUAUCAAUAUAUAAAAAUGAUGAAAAACAACAUGU